GGUUGGGAGCCCUUCUUCGAUCUCCGUGUCCUUCUGCGCCUCAACCUCCACCCCUCCCCUCCACCUUUGAGCCAAGCUGGCAUGGCUUGCUGGCAUCCGGGCGUCCGUUUUUCUUCCAGCCUGACCAUCUGUCUGUUUUCCCUGCUGGAACCAAACCAGACAUUCAUAGAGGUGCAGAUGACAGACUCAAUAAUUCCUCUGUACAACUGGAUCAGCAGCUCCUUGGGCAGUUUGAGCUUUCUGAGUUGGCACAGAAAGAACAUUCUUUGUUGUGCUUUUUUGAUGACGUUUUUGACGUCCAAAUUGCUAUCAACUGGAGAAGGAAUGUGACCAUCCUGGCAAUGGGAGACCUGCGUCCAAAUUUUACAGUGAAGGUAGAUUCCAGCUUCCAGUCUCAGUUCAGCGUGGACCCCGUGCAUGGCAACCUCAAUAUUUCUGACCUAAGGACUACAGAUUCCGGCAUCUACACAGUGGAGAUCUUUACCCUAGGGAGUGUUGCUCAAAAGGGAAACAUCACUAUUAGAGUUUAUGAGGAGGUGGGCAACAUCUCUGUGAUCCCACCAUCUGCAGAAGUGAUACAAGGAAGCAGUUCAGUGGCCUUCAACUGCACACCAGUCCAUGGUUUUGUCUCCUGGACCAAGGACGGUCACCGCCUGGAGGAUAAUCCCCGUUAUUUGCGUUCAUCUGGCUACCUGCAGAUCAGAGACCCUCUACGGACUGAUGCUGGUGUCUACUCUUGUACCAUCUCCAACCCCUUUGGCAAGGCCACUGGUACUGCCAACCUUACUGUCUACUAUGGUCCGGAGACCCCAACAAUUACUGUCUCGUCCUCUGAGCAAGAUUCAAGCGCAGGGAAUUUUGUGCUGGUGAACAGCACUGUCAAUCUCACAUGUUUGGCACCCUCCAACCCCCCAGCAAAGAUCUACUGGAAUUUGGCUGACAAUAUGGACUUCGACGUCCCUUCCUCACCUGUUCUGCAGCUCCACAGAGUGCAGCUGAAUCAGGGAGGGCUGUAUUCCUGCCUGGCUAUCAAUCAGAAGACGAAGCUACAAAUCCGUAACACUCGUCGUAUCAACGUUGUCCAAGCUCCUUGGGGAUCUCCUCGUUGUUCCGUGACUUCGGUGCAAAAUGAUUCCGCCUUGCUUUUCAUCUGCUCCUGGACUGGAGGGUCACCCGCUCCUAAUCUCACUCUCCAGGGACUCCCUGUCAGCACGACGGAAAUCGGUGCCUCUACAUUACAGAGCUUGCUAGUGCCCCCCUUCCCUGCUGGGAUCAGUGGCACCAAAGUUACUUGUUUGGGUCGUCAUGUAACUGGGCAAGCCAACUGCACCGUGAUUCCAGAAGCCCCCUCAGGGGUUACAUUGUCAUUCCAGGCAUCCAGUGACCCCAAAGGGCCGGUGACUCUGCAGUUGCGUUGCCAGGGCACCUUCAAUCCUGUGGAAAUUGAAUGGUUUAGAGAUAAGCAGUCGCCGAUUCCUGCCGGAAGCCAUUAUCAGCUCAGUCCUGAUAAAAUGCAUCUCACCAUCUGGAAUUUCACUGUUCCCCAGGAUCUGGGAGAUUACAGCACCAUCUGCUCCAAUCCACUGGGAUCACAGCGAUCUAACCUCACUAUUAUUGGCCCCUCGAUCUCUGACUGGACUUUGUCAAGUGGACCCCAUCCAGGCACUGCCUCUCUGACUUGGACAGUCCCAAACGGGUCAGUGGUGACCAGUUUUGUGGUUCAGAUGCAAGGUCCAAAGCAACACCGUUCGGCUGAGGAAUGGAGUACGGCGGAAGUACUAGGCGCUGCCAACCGAUCCACAACUGUGAUAGGAUUGCGGCCCCAAACGGCUUAUGCUUUCCAGGUAGUGCCUUAUCUGGGAUCCCGAGCUGGGAAUGCCACUCAAAUUCGCACCCUCCACCCAGAUUCAUAUCUGACCGGCGGGGCCAUUGCUGGGAUUGUGAUUGGCUGCAUUUUUGGGAUGCUCCUGAUCGUUGCACUCGUGUUCUUGGUAGUCUGGCUGGUCUGCCUUCGGAGAGCAAAGAAGACAGCUCCACCAACGCCACCAGAGAGUCAGCACCACUAUCUGUCACGCCAGUUCCCAAAUGGGAGGAAAGUGGAGCCAAGUGACUCUUGGGAUAAUCCUCGAUGGUCGUCAGGAGACUCGGACAUCUAUGCCAUCACCUAUGAGGAACAUCUGCACAGAUAUCUCAGCUCAACCACCUUGCCUGUCGGUAUCAGGAAAGGCACGUCCUCUUCUUCAACUGGGCAACCUGUCAGAAAGACUGUGCGGAAUGCUACCCAAGUCUGAAAUGGUGACGAUCAUACACCCAGUCAGACUUGAUCUCUAAAAUAGGGACUUGUGAAGAUGACACCCAGCUGGUUACGGUCACUGAAAUGGGACUUGUGAAGAUCUCACCCAGCCAGUUAUGGUCACUAAAAUAGGAUUCAUGACGAUGACACCCAGCUGGGUUAUAAUCGCUAAAAUGGAACUUGUGAAGAUGACACCCAGCGGUUAUAGUCAUCGAAAUGGGAUGCUGAGAUCCCGAAAUGGAUUUAUGCCUUCGUCUCCUAGCUUCCUUAAAAACCGACAGAUGGAUCUCAUCAGCAUGAGAUGUGAACUUAAAACAUUCUUGGCGAGUCGAAAUCUCACUUGUCUAGGUAAGAACCAGCAAACUUAGACCUUCUGAAGAAGCUCUAUUUUGCAUCCUCAAAAUUUAGACCAAGGGUCUCCAACCUUGGCAACUUUUAGACUUGUGAACGUCAACUCCCGGAAUUCCUCAGCCACAAGUCUUAAAGUUGCCAAGGUUGGAGACCCCCGAUUUAGACAAUUAUGUUUUGGAUAGUGAGAUUCCCGAUGCAGUUUUUGGAACAGAGCACGCCGCACUGCAACCCGGUUUGCAGGCCUCCGAUAAGUCUUCUGGAGAGCUGCUGGCUGGAUGGUAUGUCAGAAUCCCUAAAGCCACCGCUUUGCAGCCAAGGACAACGGACAAUGUAAACGAGACCAUUGAUCUUACAGGGGAAGUGCUUGGAUACAGUGGCAGGUAGGGAAGGAUACGGACGUAGUUGGAUUGAGAUGUGGCUUACUUUUCCAAAAACCAUUUUAUCACAUGAAGCGGCUUAUAUUCUGAGGCUGCCCACACCUGCCAAAGCUGUCCAUUCUGUUAUCAAAAGCACGGCACUGGAGUCUGGCCCAGUUUCUGUCUUGGAACCCAGUCAAGAUCCCAUGCGUGGAUACCAGGGGAAAAUGACGGUGCUUUUCGUGCAGGAAAAGAUAUAUCUUGCUGGCUUUUCUUUUAAUUGGAAAGAUGGAGUCCGUUCUUCAAUUCUAAGAUCAGCACAGCUGGCUGGGGAAUUCUGGGAGUCAAAAUCCACGCCGUUUAACAUGACCAAGGUUGAGAAAUACUGCUAAGAUUACUAAACAGUCUGAGCAAGAGGGUUUUCUGUGAAUUCUUACAGCCCCACUCGACUGCCCCCCCCGUCACUGGCACUAAAGCAAGGCCCCCAAUCUUCAAUAUAAGGAGAAAAAAAUUCUGGGAGAGAGUGGAUUGGUGGUGGUUGGAGUACAAAAGGAAAAGAAUAUGCCGUUGUUUAACUCUUUCCAACCUCUGACACAUUCUUUGCCCAAACAGCCAGUAACUGCGAUAAAAUGCAAAGUAGGGUUCCCCAGAUUUAACAGACUGUCUGAACCAGAGGUGGGAUUCAAAAACUUUAGCAACCAGUUCUCUGCCCAGUUGCUGGGUGGGCGUGGCCAUGGUGGGUGUGGCCUACUCUGCCUCCUGCACCAUGGGGGGGGGGGGAGUGUUUUCACCCUCCCCAGGCUCUGGAGACUUUUCUUGAGCCUCCGGGAGGGCAAAAAUGGCCUGCCCCAGACUCUGGAGGCCCUCUGGAGGCUGGAAACAGGCUCAUUUCCAGACUUCUGGAACUUCCGGGAGGCCCAUUUUUUGCCUUCUUAGAGCCUCCACACGGGUGCUGCACUUACCUGGCAUCCAAAACAGACCGUGUGUAGACUCCCUGGGAGGAGAGGAGAGGGAUUGGCAGGGCCAGCCAGUCUUUGCAACUACUAGUUCGGCGAACCAGAUAUAAAAUUAGCAUCCGGUUUGCGCGAACCGGUCCAAACCGGCUGAAUCCCACCCCUGGUCUGAAUAGGUAAAGAGAGAGCGAUGCUUCCUGGUUUCAGCUGAGUUGGAGAAGGCAACACUGCCUCCGAGAGAGAGUAAGCAAAGAUUGCAACACCCUUGUUUGGGAUAGGCUUCAACAACCUGGAAUAGUUGAAAGAAAAAGACAACUGGUUUUGAUGUAGGAUGAGCUACUUGAACCUCUUAGAAGGGAUUCUGGAAUUCUUCGUCUUUGUGAUUCGAUAUAUCUCUGAGGGCUUUACAGGGCUUUAGGCCCACAAAAGUUGUUUUGUGUAGUAUGCGAUAGCGUACACGGAAAUGAGAGUGCUCCAUCAAAUCAACUUGCAAGGCUCUUCUUUUUUGUCUAAUAACCUUUUCUGUUGCAAUGAUCGCUUUCAUAGAACCAGAGGAAGAAGUUCCCAGGGUUGAGAAGAAGAUGGAGGGAUCCCACGGGCAUUCAUGUCAGUUUUGCUCAAUGGGGAUGCAGGUUCCUCCCCCCUCCCUCCCCACCCCGGUCUCCUUUUUGUCAUUAUCUUCAGCUUUUUCUUUGCCAGCUGCAGGUAGUCCUCAACUUACAACCAACAACGGAGCCCGAAAUCUAUGUCGUCAAGCUAAACAUUGGUUAAGUGAAUUUUGCCUCAUUUUCCUACAACUUCUUGCUUCGGUUGUUACGUGAAUCGCUGCAGUUGAUAAGUGAGUCACCCGGUUGUUGAGUGAAUCUGGCUUCCCCACUGACUUGGCUUCUCAGAAGGUCACCAAAGGGGAAGUCCCAUGAUCUUGGGACACGGCAACGGUCAUAAAUACGAACCGGUUGCCAAGCUAUCUGAAUCUUUGAAUCGUGAUCAUGGGGAUGUCGGAAAAGUUGCCACUGUGAAAAACAGUCAUACGUUGUAACUUUGAACGGUCACCGAACAAACUGUUGUAAGUCGAGGACUACCUGUAAUCAGAAAUUUCCAAAUAUGCACCCAAAGAAGAACCUCAAUAGUUCUUUGAGGAAGAGAAAAACCACGUAUCAAAUAAACUGUCUGAGAAUGUGUUGGGUUACUGUUUUGUAAAACUGACUUCAGAAUCCCCUUACAGCUGGCACAAAGGAGGCUGCAGUUGCAAUAAAAUUAAAAUUAAAACUGUGUUAAUAUAUAACACACUUUUAAUUUUCUUAGCAAUACUACAGUUCCCUCGCGCCAGCAUUAAUGAGAGUACUUAUUCUGAGGGGCAAUAUGGAACACCUUUAUUGAAUUUCCUCCACAGUGGUGUAAUUAAGGUGGAAGGGAGAUGGCCCAACCUGGAUAAAAGCAAAACAAACCAACCAACCUGGGUACCGAAACUAUGUAGCAUGAGAGUUUUUAGGUAACACAUGCAACGGAAGUUCUCAGGAAAGUAGCUAAGGAGGAAAAUCAGCUCAGGAGUGGGAACCAAGUUAGGAUAUGGAUCUAAUAUGAUCAAGAUGCUUAUUGGCAAGGUGAGAUAUGAAACUUUCAGCUGCCGCAGAGUUCAAAAUGGAUAGUUUGAGGGUCUUUCAUGGUCCUACAGAUGGACAGGGCCCAUUGGAAGCGCAGAUACUCAACUUGCAAAUUUUGACCGGAAUUUUCAUUGCUAAGUAAGGCAGUUGCUCAGCGAAACAUGCCCUGUUUAAAAACCUUUUUUUUUUUUGCCACAUUGUUAAGAAAAUCACUGCAGUUCUUAAGUGAGUCACACAAUCCUGUGUGCCAUUGCUCGUUGGAUGGUCUGGGAAGGUCACUUUAUGGCAAUUGCAUGACUCCAGGAAGUUGCAACCCUGGUAAAUACAUGCUGGUUGCCAGGUGCUUCAGUUCUGGGAGUUGUAGUCCCACACAGCUUAAAGUUGCUGAGGUUGGGAAACACUGGUCUACCACAUAAAGUAGCUCCCAGCAAUGGAGAAAACACGCCAAGUGAUACACACCCUGGAGAAAGAAGCAAAUGAAAACUUCACAUCCGUAAUUCAGUUUAACCAGCUCGACUUUGGAAGUAAAUCUCAAACAAAUGUAUUUAAAUCUAGCAGCAUUAUUGGUGUGGAGAACGCCCCGUGGCUCUGGUUGUGUUUAUUUGUGGCAUUGAAAUUUUAUCAUGACACAAUGGUGGUUCAUUUCCCUGGAGAAAUGGGGGUUCUUUAAGAUGACAGUGUUGCAAAUAGUAUUACAAACUGAGCAGAACCUCCACUAUUUGAAUGAAGAUGCAAACUAGCGUUCGGCUAAUUUUUUACUUGUCCUAAAUAUUCCAAUGCUUUUUCAUCUAUUUUUUAAAAUCAAAAUGUGUAUUUUUCAGAAAAGUACUUGUUGAAUUUUGUAUUGCGGGAGGGUGGGAAAUAAAAUAUAUUUUAAUAUA